UGUUACCGAUUAUUGAACGGUUCGAGACAAGACUGGUACAUCCUGUCCGGCUCGACCCAUUGACAGCUCUAAACCAGAGGGCACUGCCAGUAACGCAGUAACGCAGUAACGCAUCUGCUAUCCUUCCCGCGCAAAGCGCAUAAACCAGAGGUCAUCCCCUCUGUGAGUCUGUUGUAAAUUUCCGACCUCGAACCAGGACAGAAGAAAGCAGAAGCAGUGUGAGAAGUGUAGUAGCAAGAAAAAAAUGGAGCUGAGCCUUAGUGGUAACGUUCUUAAAUCUUUUACGCGGUCUGUCACCUGCCUCGCGCGGGUGGGUCACGAGCUUGCACUACAAGCUUCUCCUUCUCAGCUGUCUUUCCACACUAUCAAUUCCUCCAGGUCAGCCUACCAGUCAAUUACAUUGAAACCCGACUUCUUUGAUGUCUAUAAAAUUUCUGCUGCUCAAGUGCAAUGCAGUAUGCUUUUGAAGGCUGUUUGUUCUAUUCUCAGGACACCCAUUACAAGUGUUGAUCGUCUCUGCAUCAAUAUGCCCAACCCUGACGCAUCAAAAGUGCAGUGGACUUUAGAAUGCUACAGUGGCAUGAGGAAAGCAUACUGGAUCAAUUGUAAUGUCGAGCCUGACAUACAACAUCUUUCUCUGGAUAGGAGACGGUUUCCAAGUAAUUUUGUAGUUAGGCCUCGUGAUUUCAACAGACUGCUAGCUAAUUUUCAAUCUUCUCUUCAAGAGAUCACAGUGAUUGCAACCGAUCCUGCUUGUUUACCUCCUGAUGCUGCAAGUGAAAUAGGAGGAAAAGCUGUUGAACUUAGAAGUUAUAUAGAUCCAACAAAAGACGACAACGAUACAGCCUUACACACUCAGCUAUGGAUAGACCCCAGUGAAGAAUUCUUGCAGUAUGUACACACUGGAGAUCCCGUGGAUGUGACAUUUGGGGUGAAAGAAUUGAAGGCAUUCCUUUCCUUCUGUGAGGGUUGUGAAGUUGACAUUCAAUUGUUUUUUGAGAAAGCUGGCGAGAACAGGCCUAUUCUAAUGAUCCCAAAAUUUGGUCUAGACGAUGGGUCUAAUUCAGACUUUGAGGCAACACUAGUCCUUGCUACCAUGCUUGUAUCACAGCUUCAUGAAGGAAACCCGUUUGAACAUCCACCAGCAGCCACUGCAUCACAUGGUCAAGCUGAUCAGGUAACAGGGUCCCAAGCACCACAAGCAAGGUCACGAGUGGCUGUUUCCGAGCAUCCAUCAGAUCACACCAGAAUUUGGUCUGAACUUUCAGGCAAAAGUGGUGGUGGUGGUGUUGACAAAAGACAGGGUCAAAUGGAAAGGGUUCCAAAUAUAAAUGGACACCGUGCUACAGAAGGAAUUAAUACGAUAAACAAUCCAAGGAAUGGAUCUGCAUUGGGAAACAGAACUGAUGGUCCUGAUCCAAUCCGGGAUCCAAUGGAGAUGGAUAAUGUGGAAGAACAUCAAAAAAGGCUUGAGAUGAAUGAUAACAAAUGGUCACAGCAUCACCCUAGUAAUUGGGUAGCUGCAGGUGAUGAUGAUGAAGAAGAGGAUGAAGGGGAAGUGUUUGUUCAGUCAACACCACCAUACUAGGAAUGACAACACUUUCUAUGGGUCUACAUGUUUCAGAUAUUUUAGAAUGGUGCAGAGAAGUUGCCAAUUCUCUUUCAUCUCUCAUAAGCAAUGGUUUCUCUCCUUAUGGCAUAUUCUCUAUUGUAAGUGCUCUCAUCAACUAUGUUCUUUGCACACUUUUCAUCAUUCAACUAAGGAUAUUUUCCUCAACAAUAUUUCAUGGUUUACAGUGCAUUUAUCACUUUGAAAAUAUGCCAUGACUAUAGCGGUUUUUGAAUGGCUUGGAUUGUUUGCCUCCAAGAUAAAAUAUACAAUUUGAGUACAUCUCUUUGAUUGGAGAGAUUUCUUUUGAGAA